UUCCCUGAAAGUGAAACAACUAAGAAACUCUCUUUAUUAGCUUCUCCGAGUCAUUAUUAUUUAUUAAUAAGAGCUCCUCAACAGUAAUAAUAACUAAUAAGAGCUCCUCCAUCUCCAUAAGACCAUAACCUUGUUUCAUUCUCUGCAUAGAAUCAUGAGUAACACCAUUCUUGUUUUCUUUUUCUUCUUCUUUAUAACUCUGCAGCAAUCCUACUCUGAAAACAAUGACACCUCAUACUCCAUUUGCAGCAAACCAUUCAGCUGCGGAACACGCAUCACCAACGCAUCGUACCCUUUCUGGGGAGGGAACAGACCCCAGUUUUGUGGAACCAAUGGUUUCAAACUCACCUGCACCAACAACACUACUUCACUUCAAAUUGGUUUGCAAAAGUUCCAUGUACUUGCCAUAAACCAAACUCAGAGUACCAUGAGACUCGUCAGAACAGACUUUGUCUAUGAUCGCUGUUCUUCCAACCUCACCAACACUUCUCUCAAUGGAAGUCCCUUUCAUUUUCUCCCAAACACUCUUCACAAUAUCACUAUAUUCUACGAUUGUCCAUCUGGGAGUCAUUACACCAACAAUUUUACGUGCCAGAAUGAUAGCAGCAAACGUGGUUUCUAUGCUGUCAAUGGAACUCAGGCUCAGCAGUUUCGGAACUGUGGGGUUAGUGUUCAAGUGCAAGUUUCAGGUUCUGUAGGGAAUAAUCUCAAGGGAGCAUUGGAUGAAGGGUUUGAUGUUCAGUAUGAUGCAGACUUGUCUUCAAAGUGCAAAACAUGCACGGAAUCUGGAGGAGUAUGUGGCACCAAUAACGAAACUGAUUCCUCUCAGUUUUCAUGUUAUUGCCCCACUGGAACUCAUGCUUCUGCUUGUUCUUCUCAUAAAAGUAGUUCGAAGCACAAAGUCUUGAAGCUAGUUUUAGGUUUCCUAGGAACUGGAAUUGGACUACCUCUGAUUGCUGUGAUCAUAUGCCGCAAUAAAGCUAAGGUGUGGAAGUUCAUAAAGAAUCAAUUAGGAUUGAUGAAUAAGCAUGAUCGAAAUAUAGAAGCCUUUCUAGAAAGCCAAGGUCCACUUGGUAUAAAAAGAUAUAAUUUCUCUGACGUGAAGAAAAUGACCAACUCCUUCAAAGUCAAACUCGGAGAAGGAGGUUAUGGUUCUGUUUACAAGGGAAAAUUACCCAAUGGUUCCUCUGUGGCUGUAAAGAUGCUCAAUGACUCCAAAAGGAAUAACGGCGAAGAAUUCGUCAAUGAAGUUGCCAGCAUUAGCAAAACAUCUCAUGUUAAUGUUGUCACUCUUGUCGGAUUUUGCCUCGAAGGAAGCAGAAAAGCUCUCGUCUAUGAAUUCAUGCCUAAUGGUUCUCUCGAAAAAUUUGUUCACAAAAAGGCCGAUCAAAGCACUCCGGCCCUGAGUUGGGACAAGUUGUACCAGAUUGCAAUCGGAAUAGCUAAAGGAUUGGAGUACUUGCACAAAGGAUGCAACACUAAGAUUGUGCAUUUUGAUAUUAAGCCUCAUAAUAUUCUUUUGGACGAAAAUUAUCGUCCAAAAAUAUCAGAUUUUGGACUAGCUAAACUCGGCACAAAGGAUGAGAGCAUUAUGUCAAUGUCAUAUGCUAGAGGCACAGUUGGAUAUGUGGCUCCGGAGAUGUGCAACAAGAGUUUCGGAGGUGUAUCUCAUAAAUCUGAUGUUUAUAGCUACGGAAUGAUGCUGCUAGAAAUGGUUGGAGGGCAGAAGAAUGCGAAUGUUGAAGCGAGUCGCUCGAGCGAGAUAUACUUUCCACAAUUGGUGAUUUACAAGAAGCUUGAGGUUGGGAGUGAUUUGGGGCUUGAUGGGGUGAUGAGCACAGAAGAAAAUGAGUUGGCGAAGAAAAUGAUUAUGGUGGGUUUGUGGUGCAUUCAGACAAUUCCCUCUCAAAGACCAACCAUAAGCAGAGUGAUUGACAUGUUGGAAGGUAGCAUGGAGUCUAUGGAAAUGCCACCAAAACCAACUAUGUCAUCUCCUCCAAGAUCCGCAACAGACUUUUCCACUGCAUCAUUGUCAGGGGAUAGUUGUUGAUAAAUCCAACGUUUCUGUGCUGCACAAGUUGCAUGUUCAAUGUUUCCAACAACAAAAGAUGUUGCUAAUAAAACUAAAAGCUACAGGUUUUCUUGGUGUGCCUUUGAUUCUGUAUAUCAUGUAGUAUACAGAAUAAUAGAAUGAGAUGCUUAUUUUGUAGUACUCAUUUGUACCUGAAAAUCUUAUAAAUAUGUACGUUAUAUUUAGAUGAUGGAGUUGAAAAUGGUUGAGUGUAGAUCAAUCAAACUUUGUUUUAUCUUUA